GAAACCCUAAUUUAUUUGAGCUUUUAUUUCUGCAAUUCCCUGCUUAACCGUACAUCCCAUGCAAGUUGUAAUUCCGAGGACUAAAUAAACUGGCGUCUCAUAUGCUGGUCUUUGAUGUUUGAAUACUUGAACUUCAAUCAUUGUCGAGGCCUCUAGGAACGGUAGAAUGGCUGAUGUACCUGCUGACUCGCCAACUCCUGCUGCGACAGAUUCAGGACCGGACAAUUCUUCUACUACUACGCAGGAAUCACCAUCAAAGCUGUCAUCAUGGACUAGAAAUUUAAAAACUCCUCAGCCUUUUGCUUCUGCUCAAGAGGAUUCACCAACAACAGGGAAUGCUGGACAGUCAGCUUUUUCGCGGUUUACUAGUGGGUUUGGAUUGCGCUCACCUUCAAAAUCUCCCACUGCGGAUGAUAACUCUGAUGGAGCUUCAACGCCAACCCAAUCUGGUUUUUUUGGAACAAUUAAAAAAGGCAUAGUCGACUCAUCUAAAAAUGCUGUUAAAGCUGUGCAGGUUAAGGCUCGGCAUGUUGUUUCACAAAACAAACGAAGAUACCAGGAGGGAGGAUUUGACUUAGAUAUGACAUAUAUCACUGAGAACAUAAUUGCAAUGGGGUUCCCUGCUGGUGACAUGAGCUCUGGGUUUUUUGGAUAUGUUGAGGGGUUCUAUCGAAAUCACUUGGAAGAAGUGAUGCAGUUUUUUGAAACACAUCACAAGGACAAGUACAAAGUAUAUAAUCUUUGCUCUGAGAGGCUGUAUGAUGCUUCAUUGUUUGAAGGAAAGGUGGCUAGUUUCCCAUUUGACGACCAUAAUUGCCCUCCAAUUCGAUUGAUAAUAUCCUUUUGUCAAAGUGCUUACUCUUGGCUGAAGGAGGAUUUUGAGAAUGUUGUGGUCGUGCACUGUAAAGCUGGGAUGGCAAGGACAGGGUUGAUGAUCUCCAGCCUUCUUCUAUACUUGAAGUUCUUCCCCACUGCUGAAGAGUCAAUGGACUACUACAACCAGAAAAGAUGUGUGGAUGGAAAGGGACUCGUUUUGCCAAGUCAAAUUAGAUACGUCAAGUACUUUGAACGCAUCUUAACAUACUUCAAUGGUGAAGACCAGCCAGGGCGCAGGUGCAUUCUUAGAGGAUUCCGGCUUCUUCGUUGUCCUUAUUGGAUCAGGCCUUCCAUUACAGUGUCUGAUCAUAAUGGUGAACUCUUCUCCACAAAGAAGCAUCCGCGUACCAAGGAUCUCUCUCUGGAAGAUAUUUGGUUUAGUGCACCAAAAAAAGGAGUUAUGGUAUUUGCUUUGCCUGGGGAACCUGGUCUGACCGAGCUGGUUGGAGACUUUAAAAUUCAUUUUCAUGAUCGCCAAGGAGAUUUUUACUGUUGGUUAAACACAACAAUGAUAGAAAACAGAAUAAUUCUGAAUACCAGUGAUGUUGAUGGGUUUGACAAGAGGAAAUUACCUUCCCCUGGUUUCCAGGUCGAGGUUGUGUUAGUAGAUUACACUGACCAUGUCCCCUCGAAGCCUCCAACCGAAAUCGCUACAAAUAAGCCAGAUGAAAGCUCAGGCACCAGUGGUUCACCCACUGAUGGAGGUGCAGCAGCCCCAUCAAGCAGCGAUAAAGACCCAGGAAAUAACGACAAAGAUGAUGGGUUCUCGUAUGGUGAGGCAGAAGACUCUGGACCGCCAAUGAACAGGCGCCUAAAACCAGCUGCUCCCUCAGCCACCACCAAAUCAGAAACGACUGCCAAUGCAGCAGAUCAAGUUGCAGGUUUGGUGCAUUCCACUGAACAAGUUUCUUUAGGAAGUGCAAACACUGAAACACACACCAGUAGUAACCCGAGAAAAGACGCUGCCACUGCAGGUACCGCGGUUUCUGGCACGGAAAGUGAAUUCAAGGCAAUGGCUGCGGAUGCAUCUGUUUUCAGUUUCGGAGAUGAAGACGACUAUGAAAGUGAGUAAUUCUCCAACCCAAUUCAUUAUAUAUGUAUCAUUACGCUCUGGUUCUAGCUUACAGUCGUUAACUGUUGUAUAUCACAAAAUGCAGCCAUGGCUGGCUGUUACAAUUACCAUUGCUUUAAAAUUUAGAUUUUCAAUGGCAUGGGGGAUUUCAUUUA